CGCUGAGGACGCUCGCGUGCCGCGUUAUGUCUCAAUGCUCAUCUAUAAAAUAUAAAACAAAAUAACCAAAGAAUCGCUAUUCUAACCGCUAAAAUAUUCAUUGAAAUAGUGUUCCCGUGCCCUUUGUGUGUUAUAUAUUACAAAAAUGUGAACGAACUUGUUGUAUCGAGUGGUAAUGUCAAGAAGCUUAGCACCCAGCGUCCUAGUAUCUUGAAUAAUGAUAUAAAACAACAUUUCGUACGGCAAUAAAUCGCUCGUAACUGUGUGCUUUAAUCGUUUUACAUUGAAAACAAAUAUAUAGCAAAACUUCACAAUAAUUAAAUCAACAUAAAGUGAAGCAGCGUAUAAAAUCAGACUAAAGUGAAGCCAAGUGACAAGUACAGUGAAGUGUCAAUGUUUGGACCAUGGCCCGGGAUCGGCCGACCGCGCGGCAUUUUCACAACCAACCAGAGCUGCAGAGAGGAGGCAGCUACGGCCUCGUUUUGAGGUGGAUAUUCUUCGUGUGGCUGGCAAAUUGUGGGACUCUGGGAAACACUGUGAAACAAGAUGGCUGCGCGUUCCCGACGCGAUGGCAGGGCAAGUGGUUUCAAUCGGGCGUCAUCCAGCCGAUUAUGAUCGACGGUGCCAUCCUUUCCAACAAGGGCCGGUGCCUGUCAUCAGAGGGCGACAAGUUUCUAAUAGUUGAUGAGAAAGGGUGCUACCGCUGCGUUGUGAUGCAUGAAAAGCACAUAAAUGUUCUUCAAUACAAAGAAACUUUCUGUCACCGUCGAGAUGCGCUCCCACACUUGUGUUCUCUUAUCAAUGGAGAUGCCCUGCUAUAUUCCAUGUUCAGAGAGAACGCAGAACCCGUCGAUUGCCCACUCAAAGGACCCUUCUCUUUCACUUACAAUAGGGGACAUGGUAACUGCAAGAUUCCAGCCUCGUCGAUCGAGAGCUGUACGGAGGACUCGAGACUAUUACUCAACUACCAAGCUUGCCCCGAUGUUUAUGGUUCUGAAAGCACAGUGGAGGAACUAGAAUGCUUGGCCACGUGGAAGGAAGGCAGCCUCAGGUUCCUAGUGGGGAAGUUACAUCACAACCACGCCACCAGCAACGAAGACAGAUACAGAUGUUUUGUCUACGAGAAGACAAAUGGUAUUGCAUCAGCUGCCAUGAAGGAGGGACCAAGUCCUGCCAGUGGAGUCGAGUACAGAGUAGCGCAGUCCGGUGACGCGACGUGUAACGGCUUAUUUAGUGCAACUGAAGGAUCUAGGACUAUGGCUCUAAAGAGAGUUUCAGUGCGAUUCAAUUGCCAAUUCCCCUCCUGGAUGACGUUCUCUCACACGUGGCACACCCUAGAUUUUAGCAGUAACUACACGUUCUAUCAGCGAAACGCAACAUUACGCAUCACAAACCAGACCGGUGCAGAAAUUAAGGUGUACUGUGUUAAUGUGAAAGCCAGUUCGCCGAGUGGAAAUUCUGUCGCGCUGGUUGCGCAUUGGCAACAUCACUGCGUUUCCCGCUACGUAUGCGUGGUACUGUACAGACGAGACACCUUCAUAGCGGAGCUGCAGCGUGGUUCACCAACAUCCAGACCCGAUGAAGCUUGCUCCCCACACCACUUCAAUGCUGUCACUGCCCCUUACGUAACAUUAGUUGCAAGUAAUCCGGAAUCAAAAGAAUGUCCAUAUUCAGGGAAAUAUGUCAUUUCAAAUCAUAGACAUAAGCGGAGUUUCCGGCCGGAUGAGCGAGAGAGAAAUAGGACUAAGCGAGACAAAGCGAUGCUCCAACAUAAUCGUAGAGUUAAUCACACUAGACUGUUCAAUUUUAGUGUUAGGAAUAUGUCGGAUACUCCGAUAUUACGGAGUAGAAGACAUUCGGAAGGGGAAAUAAGUUGCGCAGGCGCCGUUUAUAAUAGACUGGAAGUUGGGUGCAACUCGAUAAAGAAUAUGGAGUUUUAUUCCACGUGUAAUAAUAAGGAAGCAAUUACAGCCUACACGUGUCACGGCGGGUGGUACGAGAACGGCGCGUCCUUUGUCGUGACGACGCCGGUCACGCGGGACAGCACGGCGGCGCGGCGCUACUGCUUCGUGUCGCGGGACGCGCGCGACGCGCGGGACGGCGCGCUGGCGGUGGCGCGCUCGGCCGCCAACUGCGAGCGAACCGUCUCUGAACCGGAAGCCUUACUCUUUGAUGCAGCUUUCACAGGUAAGUGUCAAGACGAGCCCAACAGCCAACCGCUUCAAAGAAUUUCAUCACCUUACAUAAUCAGCGUGGCGCCAAUCAUCAUCCAUUACAUCAUACCGAGGUGAUUCACAACCGAGUGAUAAAAUAUAGGAAUUUGAACACCCGUUGUAAUUAUAUUGAUACGAUGUUUAGAUAAAAAAUUUCAUUUCACUUACAUUGUUAAAAGAAUAUUUAUUAUUAGUCUUUGAACUUGCUCAUCACAUUUAUACUAUAAGAUUUUAUUAUUUAGAUUUUAGUUUUAAAUUGUAUAAAAUAUUCAAUGCAUAUGUCAUUUAUAUGUAUGUAUUUUGUUAUUUAGACUAAUAUUAUUUCGUAUUAAUUAACUAGCAACA